CAUCCCGUGUAGUACACUACCUACACUUCCUGCUAAUCGAUGUUAUCUUGAAUCGGCUAUGUACGCCUAUGUCCAUCCAUCCUGAUGUUGAUCCUCUAUCCAUGUUGUAGUAGACUGUCGGAGUAAUUGUUUUCGCGACAAUUAUGGCAUCUAGUGAGGUGGGCGAAGUAACCCAACUCGAUAUUUCGAAAAGAAACAUGGCUACGGAUGAAGGUUAUGACAAGAAAUGCAUUUUCUGCAAGAUCGUUAACAAAGAAAUGGGCACGGAGCUUCUUCAUUGUGAUGAAGAGAUUUCAUGUUUCAGAGACAUCAAACCAGGGGCACCACACCACUACCUUAUUGUACCCACCAAACAUGUGGGGAACUGCAAGUCGCUGACUAAAGCUCAUGUGCCGUUGGUGCAACGGAUGGUAGAGGUGGGGAAGGAGAUCUUGGAGAAAAACAAUGUCACAGAUCUCAGUGACGUCAGGUUUGGCUUCCAUUGGCCACCCUUUUGUUCUGUCAGCCAUUUACACCUCCAUGUUUUGGCACCUGCAAGUCAACUCACCUUUAUCUCCCGCCUCUUCUAUAGACUCAACUCCUAUUGGUUUGUCACAGUCGACCAGCUGAUUCAACUUCUCAACUCCAAAAGUGAGACGGAUUGAUAUAGUAUUUUAUAGGAUACCUGGCCUGGCAAGAGGUCAACACAACUGUGAGGUUCCUUGUCGUUCCAUGGACCCUUCGGAAAGAAAGCCUUUGUGAAGAUGAGUGAUCUCAACCCAGUUUGAAGCAGUAGACCCCAAUGAUUUUUAACUCUAGUCCUUCGUGCUUUAUUACAAAUUAUUUCACAAACACAUCUUCUUAUUAUUGUAUUAUUUCAAAAUGUUUUAGAUGGCCAAUAGCAAAUUAAAUGAUUGUAGAUUCAAUCAAAUGAUAUAUUAAGUAAAUUAUUGUAUUCCCCGUCAAGCUCAGUUAGCUUGCAUGAAAGAAACAUGCUUGGUUAUGUUUGACAUGAUGGUAUUGAAUGUAAUGCAUUUUGAUAAUAUUGAAAGAAUGAGGAUUGAGGCCUAUACAGAGCCUACUGAUAAAAUAUAUUAAUGACAAUAUUGAUGAAUAUUCAAUCGUCCUUUAAUGAGCCAAAAGUGUAUCAUUAAGCGGAUGUCUGCUGCAUUCAGGGAACUUAAAUAAUUGUAGUAUAUUUAUUCUGAAGUAACCCUCUCAAACAAAUAUGAUGUAUAUAAGUGUUUGACUACUAUGAAUGUUAAUAAAAGUGUGGAUGCUGCUUCACAGUA